CCGCUCUGCUCCCAUCACGCAAAGCAAAGUCUGUGCGGCGCCUCCUGGAACAUAACCACACUGCGCACACAAACAACGCCCGCAUCAGCUUCCAGGUUUUGCAAACCCUUACGACGUCGCCGCGCUCGACUCCUUUCAUCGGCCCUUGUCUUCGAACCCCAGUCGCACGACACCGCUCUGGGAACAGACCUUUGGCGCAGGCAAGUUGCUGUCGCUCUGUAACGAGCCCAGUCUCUUGAGUGUUUCGCUCCGGACUCGCAGAAAGUGAGAUUUUCGCAGGCCGAGCAACCGCCACCCGACAGCUUGCACAACCGAUACUAUCACCCCGAAAUCAGAUACGAUCGCAAGGCCGUUAACGAUUUCGUUCAGCGACACACGAGCUUCCGAUACUCGAAUCCGCUGGUUCCGAAACCUCUCAACAUCAAGCGGUCGAAUACUACAGUACAGCCGCGAGAGACCCGUCGACCCCCGGUAUCCUUCAAGCCGAGGCAUGUCAACAGAUUGAGCCUCGAGGACAGUCUUGCAAAGCCAUUACCUCGCUCUCCACCACAGGAAUUACUCUCCCCAGAAUUUCGGCACUCAUACCAUUCUCCCAGUGACAUUGGACGGUGCGGCAUCGACUUUGGAAAGCCCAUCAUGCUUCACCGCUCUGGGACUAUGGAUUCCCUCGCAGGAGGCCACUACUACGGCAGCGGCCAGGACCAAAAUGCCAACAUGCAGACGAGUAGCAGUAUGAAUAACUUAAACUCAAACAGGCAAUAUGAAAACCCCGACAUGGGCGAACCGUCUGGUCCCCGCCUCAGCAACUCCAAUGCCAAUGCGUCACCAGCACCGAGCCAAACUCGCGGCACGCCCGGCUCUGUGCCAGUUGGGACACCUCAAGGGUCUUCUGCCCACCUUUCCGGAUUGAUGUGCAAUGUCCAUAGAACGACGGGCAAUGAACCACCACCUCUGGUGGGAGCAACAACGACGAUUCUUGGAGAUAAGCUGUAUGUGUUUGGUGGCCGUGUCUUGGCUAAAAACCGACCGGCUCCCUUGACCUCGGAUCUCUACGAACUCGAUCUUAUCCGACGCCACUGGACAAAGCUGGAGACUGGCGGUGAUGUUCCCCCUCCACGAUACUUUCACUCCAUGUGCGCAUUGGGCGACACCAAGAUGGUCUGCUAUGGUGGCAUGUCACCCGCCCCAAGCCAGCCUGUGAACGCCGAGCAGCAGCAAGGCGAAGUGACAGUAAUGUCCGAUAUUUAUAUUUACGAUGUGUCCACAAAGAGCUGGACCUUUAUUCCGGCGCAAGAUGUGCCCCAAGGCCGCUACGCCCACUGUGCUUGUAUUCUGCCUUCUUCUGCCAACUUCUCUUCUACCAAGGCACCCCUCUCCGCCCUUCAACACAACCCCUCCUCGAAUAACCCGAACGAAGGUCGAAUCGGAAUUAAUAUUGAUGGAUCUGGAGGAGCGCAGAUGGUCAUUGUCGGUGGCCAGGACGGCGCCAACCACUACAUUGAACAGAUUAGCGUUUUCAAUCUCCGCAGCCUCAAGUGGACUUCCACACAGCCUUUCGGAAAGAGCUGCGGAGCGUACAGAAGUGUUGCUGCACCGUUAUCCGCUGCUGUAACUGCUAGAACUGGCAAAACGCUUCAAAAUGGACCCCAGCGCAAUGAUGGCAGCAUCAGCCAAGAGGCUAGAGAACCAGGCUCAUCCAUGCUCAUCUACUCAAAUUACAACUUUCUAGAUGUCAAGUUGGAGCUGCAGAUUCGCUCCCCUGAUGGAACCCUGACAGAGUGGCCUAUGGCUGGCACCUAUUCGCCUCCUGGCCUGCGCUUCCCGAACGGCGGCGUCAUUGACACGUAUUUCGUAGUUAGUGGCACGUACCUGACCUCGUCGAAACAAGAGUAUGCGCUCUGGGCUUUGGAUCUGCGCAAUCUCACAUGGAGCCGAAUUGACGCUGGAGGAAGCGUCUUUAGCCAGGGCAGCUGGAACCGUGGUGUGUUGUGGAACAGACGCAACACCUUUGUUAUUCUUGGUAACCGUAAGAGAAGCCUUGUUGAUGACUAUAACCACCGACGAAUUAACUUUUCGAACGUCUGCAUGGUCGAGCUCGAGGCCUUUGGCUUCUACGACAACCCUCGCAAGAUCAGCCCACUAUCUGGUUUCGUUUCAGCCAGUAGUCCACACGCGCAGCCCGGCCUAAGCUUGGCUCGCAAAGCUGGCUACACAGCAGGCGGACGCUUCCAUACACGGGCUAGCGAGGACCUGGGCGAGAAGGCGCUGGCUAUGCGAGAGCUCGCUGACAUGGAUAUUAUUUGCAUCAGCGGCGAGCGAAUCGCAGCCAACUCUCGCAUUGUUGGACGCCGAUGGGGACCGUACUUUGUUCAGCUAUUGCGCGACGGAACUGCUUCCCAGGACGGAGACACUGCCACUCUGAGAAGCAAUCCUAUGCGUGCUUCUGCUCUUACGAUAACUGGUAACUCGCGUGAUUUAUCGAGUGUCGCGACUUUGACUGGACCGGCGGGUGGCCUGACUGCUGCCAACGCUGGAGCAAACCUUGACGGCAAGAGUGACGAUGUCAACGGCGAGGCCGAUGACGGUAACCCAGCUUUGAUGAAUGCGACACCCUCGCCCAAGUCCCUACCACCAAACUCCCGCCCACGAUGCCUCUACCUGCCACACACCUAUCUGACUGUGCAAGCGCUGCUACACUUCUUGUACACGAGCUCACUUCCGCCCACAACCUCGCCGUUAUGCUCACCGCAAAUCCUGUGCUCGCUCUUGCAGAUCGCCAGACCGUAUCGUGUAGAUGGACUUUUGGAGGCUGUUGUAGAGAGACUUCACUCGCUCCUUGACAGCCGUAACGCCGCUGCUGUCUUCAACGCUACUGCUAUGGCUGCUGGUGGCGGCCGUGGAAUCGACGGCUCGCUCAACCCUAACUUCCACGUCGACUACAUGGACCCGAUCCGAUCUCCCGUCAGUACCUCGGACUUUUCUCUCGGUGGCACAACGGCGAACGAGUCCUUUACUGCUGACAUUGAGUCUCGUACUGGUAGUCUCAGUCUUGGGUCUGGUCAGCAGCAGUCCAGCGGUCCCUUGGGUGACACAUCUGCUUCCACUAGCCUGAGUGGCUCCGACUGGGGCUCGGAUGCAGGUAGCGAGCACGAUGGCACCGUAUGGACCGGCGAGCUUAGCAGCGUUAUUGGCUUGCAGAAGCGCGGUCUUCGCGGUCUCAUGGAAGGCCGCCGUAUGCGCGAGCGUACCGGCACCGGCAACGCGACGACGCUGGCAGGCCCUGGUGGACAGCAGUACAACAUGCAAGGUGGCCCUCGCGUCGGGCUGGGCAUUGCAAGCUCUUUGAACUAGACGCUACGAGUAUCACUUAUGACUUUUUUUGGUAUUGGGGUUGGCGCUACGAUGUAUAUAUUGAUUGAUCUUGGGAGGUUACUCUUUUUCUUCAUAUAGAAGCAUUCAUUCACUUGAGAGGUUUCAUGUUUACAUAUGAUGUCGUGAUUUUAUUACAUGUGCCACAAUGGAAAGUAUACGAAGUAAAUCGAUAACGUGAAAAGUUUAUAGACAUGUACCAGCUGUACCGGUUCCUAAAUACACGGGAUCCUCCAACUAUAUGAACAAAUACAAAGUAGUCAGCCGAGAAAGACAUAUUGUCGGUCCGUUUUACAGCUUGAUGCGGCCACUCUCGAGCUCACGCCAUUCCUUCUGGCCAAACGGAACGUAUGUCUCGCCCUUGAGCCAAAACAGCGAUGAUCCAUCUUCCAACGCGCCAGGCUUCACACCCGCCUGUCGAAGGACAUGCUUCUGCUGCUUAUUCGUACCGGUAGUCUGUGCUCCAGCGCCAACCUCAUCCACAAUUCUCAGGAACAGCGGCACCGCGUACUUUGGCAACGACGCCUUUGUAUGCGCCGCCAGCGAACGCAGUGUAUCCGGCUUAGCUCCGCCAUCAAUGUUAAUAGCUACACAGCCAGCGCGACCAUCAUGAUGAGGCAACUCAACACCGUAGACAUUUGCCUCGCGGACCGCUGGGUGGCGUCCAACGGCCUCUGAUACUUCUGACGUAGCCACAUUCUCUGACUUCCAGCGGAACGUGUCGCCAAUGCGGUCCGAGAAGUAGAGCUUGCGGUCCUCGCUGCGGAUAACGUCACCUGUGCGGAACCACGCAUCGCCCUUGGUAAACACGUCGCGCAGGAUCUUGCUGUUCGUCGCCUUGGCGUUGUUGUAGUACCCCUGGAAGCGCUUCUUGAUGUCGUCGGCAGGUAACUGGAAGAGUAACUCGCCAGGCUCGCCAGGGUCGACCUUUGUGCAGAAGCCCGUUUUAGGGUCACGAUGGGGCAUCUCCGUCUCCCAGUCGAGCUUGACAAUGUGCAUGGUGUCGCGGAAGACGAGGCUGCAGAGCCAUCCGGAGCGGCCGAUGGCGCCCAUGGUGUAGUCGUUGGAGGAGACGUUCCAGAGCGCGAGGGUGGCUUCGGUGGCGGCGUAGAACUCGACGAUUGUCUCGACGCCAAAGCGGUCCUUGAACUUGUUCCAGAUGUCGGGGCGCAGGCCGUUGCCAAAGGCAAUUUUGACGUGGUGCUUGCGGUCGAGGUUCUCGCCGGUGACGGGGUCGAUUUGGGGCGGCGCGACGAGCAGGUAGCGCAGGGUCUCGCCGACAUAUUGGAUCGCGGUGGCUUUGGAGGCGCGGACUUCGCUCCAGAAGGACUUGGUUGAGAAGCGUUUGCCGAGGGCUUGGGUGCUGCCGGAGAGGACGGUGGGGAUGACGGAGAGCAUGGAGCCUGCGGAGUGGUAGAGAGGCA